AGAAACACCCCAGUAUGGUGCUCGCUGCAGUCUCCUAUUUCUUAAUCACGUGUAGAAGUGCAGGAUUUUUUAGCGAUGAUUUUGAACUCGUUUUGUGGCAGCAAACUUCCUCCAAACUUGUUCAGACAGGCAAAACAAUUUUCAAUGUUAAUAAAUACCAAUGGAAAUAGUAUAAAAACUCAAUGUCAACGCAGGAUUAAUUAUUUGGUUGGAACUGCUGAGUUAACAAUGCCGAAGAGAAAAUCAAGCCGGGCCGCUGACGCCACUGCAGCGAAGAAGGCCAAACAGGCCGAAUGGGAAUUGAAGUUUGAUGCGGACUGGAGUGGGCACGCCCCCCGGGCUGGAGCGAGCAAUUUACCGCCAGUGUUUGUGCUGAGUGGCCCGGCGAUAAAGGGGUCGUCGAAGAUUGCUGCUUUUGAUUUGGACAUGACGCUCAUUGUGCCUGCCAGUGGGAAAACAUUUCCGCAAGGUCCAAGUGACUGGAAAUUCAUCAAUGAUGAAGUAAAACCAAAAUUGGAGGCUGAGCGCAAAGAUGGCUACAAAAUAGUCUUGAUCACCAAUCAACGAGGAAUGGAAAAAGGUCACGAAGAUCCAAUAAGAUGGCAGAAGAAGGUCAACACGAUCAUAAAUGAGCUCAAUAUUCCUAUACAGGUUUUUGUAGCUACUGGUGAGAACGACUUCCGUAAACCAGGGACGAAGAUGUGGGAUGUAAUGGUGAAACAUCACAAUGAUGGUAUCAAGCCUGACAUGUCUGCAUCAUACUACGUCGGCGAUGCUGCUGGAAGAGCCAAAGACUGGGCACCAGGGAAGAGGAGAGAUUUCUCCUGCGGGGACCGGAUGUUCGCUGCCAAUGUGGGAAUCAAUUUUAAAACGCCUGAGGAGUACUUCUUUGGAGAGACGCCGCGGGUGUUCGAUUGGCACUCAAUCAACCCUGCUGAGGUUUUGAAAAGUUAUGAGGGAAAACAUCAUAAGAGCUAUCAUUCUAAGAAAAAGGAGCUGAUCAUUAUGGUCGGCUUUCCUGCAUCGGGAAAGAGCACCAUCGUUAAGAAAUACCUUCUACCCCACGGUUACACUCACGUCAACAGAGACACCCUUCAGACACAAGCAAAGUGUAUCCAAGCAACAAAAGAAGCUUUAAAAGGGGGCAAGAAUGUGGUCAUAGAUAACACCAAUCCAUCAGCAGUUGCCAGGGCUGACUACAUAAAGCUUGCCACGGAUGCCAAAUACAAAGUGCGUUGUUUUGUAAUGGAUACGUCAAGAGAGCUAGCAAAUCACUUGAACUUCAUGAGGCAGACACAAACUGACGGCAAAGUACGCCGCGUCCCAAAAGUGGGCUUCAAUGUCUACAAGAAGAACUACAAAAAGCCGGUCAAAUCGGAAGGUUUCGCUGAAAUUGUAGAGAUACCGUUCCAGCCUGUAUUUAAGAGUGACAAGGACAAAGCACUGUUUCAUCAAUGGACUUGUGAAUAAGUAAUAAUUAGUUUGGCAAUAUCCGGAGACUGAUGACAGAAAGAAAUGUAAUGUUCUGCAAUAUAUUCUAGAGUUUUCAUUACAAAUGCACUUAUAAUUAAACUUUUGUAUUUGUGUGUUUCAUUGUAAUACAAAAGGUUUAUUUUUAGAGGAAACAUUCAAUUUUGAAUCAAAACAAUAGAAAAUGUUUUUAACUCAAUUUAUAAUUAGGUUAAAAAUAAAAGGGUUAUAAGAAAUCCAAGUUAAAUAUAUGUAUAUUAGAUUUUAUCUUUUUUAUAUGCAGCAAUACAUAUUAUGUGUGAUUGUCGCUUGUCAUAAAUUUUAAAAUACAGACAGUCGUUAUUAAUUGAUUAGUUGUUCUUUAUUUUUUCGCCACUUGAUGUAUUCAUAAAAUAUUGCACUUCCCAAAUCCUUUGACAAAUCUUUGUCAUUUUUAUGGAAUAUCGUCAGUCAGUAGUUGCCAGGCCUGUCUACAUCUAGCUUGGCAGGGCUGCAAGUAAGAUAACUACUACGGUAUACUUUUUUGCAAGUCUGCAAAGUGUUUUCCUAAUAAUGAUCCGACAGAAAUCUUUAUGAGAGGUCGCCUACAAUCACGAGGCCGGAAAGCUACUUUAAGUUGAGUGCUACACUCGACUGAAAAGGGGGCGGUCGGGUGUCACUCCAAAUAAUUUUUCCCCCAAGGACAUGUUGCCACUUAAACCUAAUUUACAGUUUAUAAGGAAGUAGGAUGAAGGUAUGGGUAUCAUCCACUAGGCUUUCUGGCUAAUAGAGCAGGCUGUACCUACCCACUUUUUUUUACAAAGCAUUUUUGGUCAAGUGCCUUGAUCGAUAGCACAAGUGUCGUGACCAGGAUUGGAACCUAGACUCUGCUGCUAACAAUGCCAGAGCAUGGGGUUUGGUGUACUAAACCACUUGGCUUUGACAGGCCAAAUUAUUGGCAAUGAGCUUCUGGGCUAGAAUUUGGGGGAGAAUCCUCACGACCGAAGGACUUGUUGCUCGAAGCAUUAAAGGCAGUGGACACUAUUGGUAAUUACUCAAAAUAACUAUUAACAUAGAACAUUUGUUGGUGACGGGGAGGGAGGGGUUGAGGGUCUUAAACAUUGUGAGAAACGGCUCCCUCUGAAGUGCCAUAGUUUUCUAGAAAGAAGUCAUUUU